AGCCAGUGGACGGACACACGUGUUGACGGUAACUCGUAAACACAACUGGCGCAAUGGUAACAAUGAUAAAGGAGUCCUGUUUCUGAGGGAAAUUUGUGGACAGAGGAGGUAACUUGCAAGUGGGAACCAAUUAUAAGAUAGCAUGAUGGAGAUCCAUGGCGUACCAAGAUUCCGGCUAAGCAGUAUGGGCUUCUCAACUUACUCUUCGGAGGAAAUUCUUGCACUGAGUGUGAAGGAGGCUGUAAAUCCACAAUCCUUUGACAAUCUUCUUCAUCCUAACAUUGGAGGACUGUAUGAUCCAGCGUAUGGUCCUACAGAGCGAGAUGAUGUGUGUGUCACGUGUGGUCAGAAUUACAUCUACUGUCCUGGUCACAUGGGCCACAUACAGCUGCCACUGCCAGUCUACAACCCAUUGUACUUCCAGAUUCUCAUUAAGAUCUUGAGAGGGACAUGCUUCCACUGCCAUCGCCUUCAAGCUUCAACUGCACAGUCCAUCUUGUUCAUCCAUGAGUUAAAAGUUCUUGAGCUGGGGUGCUUGCCAGCUGUGGGUCACCUGAGGGACAUCAUGGGGGAGCUCCUUGCCGUGGAAACCAAUCCCAGUGAGGAAGUCAUUCAGCAGAAGCUUGGAGAGUACACAAAUAAAGUCAGAGCUGAGAGGCGCAAUACAUUUGAAAAUGUGAAGAAUAUAGUGGAGGUGAAAAAAGAGCUAAUUAAAGUUUUUUUGAAGAACAAUUUUGGUGGCAGAGGAAAGUGCCCCCAUUGUCAAAUGUUCUUGAGAACACUCCGGGCUGAAAACAACUGUAAAAUUUGUGUGUUCAGUCGUACCAAAGAACAACAACAGGUUGCUAUGGCUGACACAAUGAAGAAGGCUAUGGAAAUGAGAAGGAAACAGCAAGAGUCUGAAAAUGGUGACAUGGAAGGAAGUAUUCUGGGAAAUAAACGGUUGGAAGACAUUCAGACUGACUUACAGAAGGCUGCAGGUCAGACAUACUUGACUCCUGUGGAGGCAAGGAAUCACUUACGAGAGCUUUGGGAAAAAGAUUCGGCUGUUCUAAAAAGCCUGUUUGGAGCCCUGGGUAAAAAUAAAAGCAAACACCCAAUGGAUAUUUUCUUCAUGGAUGUGGUUCCUGUGACAGCAUCACGUUUUCGUCCGGUGAUUGUAAUGCGAGACAUGAAAGUGGAGAAUGGACAGACAGUUAACCUGUCAAAGUGUAUUCUUGACUCUGUCACCCUGCGACUGAUCUUCACAGAGAUCAAGCGGAACAGCUUGAAGGGACAGACAGAAACUACGGAGACAGAAACAGUUACUCCAAGUUCCAUUGAGAAUGUCCCGGGUGACAACUUAACAGAAAAACUGCAUAAUGCAUGGGUGCGUCUGCAGGCACAUGUGAACUGUGUGGUGGACAGCGAUUUGGAUAAAAUCAGCAGUGAGAAAAAACCAGGUAUCAAGCAGAUUUUGGAGAAGAAAGAAGGGCUUUUUAGAAAACACAUGAUGGGGAAGCGUGUGAAUUAUGCUGCUCGUUCCGUUAUUUCCCCUGAUCCGUGUAUCAGCACCAGUGAGAUUGGCAUUCCUAUGGUGUUUGCAACGCGCCUCACCUACCCAGAACCAGUCACGCCGUGGAAUGUGCAAGAGCUGCGACAGGCUGUCAUUAAUGGACCUAAUGUCCAUCCAGGAGCUGUGUUUGUGGUUCAUGAAAAUGGAUUUAAGACAAUGCUCAGUCCCAAAGACAAAAUCCAGCGUAUUGCACAAGCAAAACAACUACUGACCACACCAGGUCGGUUGGGAGCCUUAUCAACAGGUAACAAACAGGUUUAUCGUCAUCUUCGGAAUGGUGAUGUGCUGUUGUUGAAUCGACAACCCACUCUUCAUCGACCAAGUAUUCAGGCUCAUAAGGCUCACGUUUUGCCAGGGGAGAGAACACUACGGAUGCACUAUGCGAACUGUAAAGCCUACAAUGCUGAUUUUGAUGGGGAUGAAAUGAAUGCUCACUUCCCACAGAAUGAAUUUUGCAGAGCAGAAGCAUACAUACUUGCCAGUACCAGUAACAACUAUCUGGUGCCAAAAGAUGGCUCCCCAUUGGCUGGGUUGAUUCAGGAUCACAUGGUCUCAGGUGUGUCCCUUACUGUGCGUGGCAGGUUUUUCAGCAGACGUGAUUAUCAGCAGUUAGUGUACAGCUGUUUGGUAGAUACUGUUGGCCCUAUCAAGUUCCAACCUCCCACCAUCCUCAAACCAUGCAGACUCUGGGCUGGCAAACAGGUAAUAUCGACAAUUUUACACAACAUAACGCCUGAUGGUUAUAGACUACUGAAUCUGAAAGGAAAAGCCAAGAUUCCUGAAAAGAGUUGGAUAUCUAGUAAAUUCACAGGUUACUCUCCAGGGUCGUUGUACCCCUCAGGGGAUGAAAUGGGUGAAGGCACUGUCCUGAUCAAAAAUGGUGACCUCUUGCAGGGUGUUCUGGACAAGGGUCACUAUGGCAACACAUCAUACAGCAUGGUCCAUGCUGUAUAUGAGCUUUAUGGAGGGGCAAUAUCAGGGAAACUUCUAACGUGUCUGGCACGUCUGUUCAUGGCUUUUCUGCAGCUGAAAGGGUUUACACUGGGUGUAGAAGACAUCCUCGUCACAGAUAAGGCAAAUGAUGAAAGAAAAGACAUCAUGCAUGCUUCUCGUCAGUGUGGACCAGAUGUAAUCCGUCAAGCCUACAGCCUGGAGGAGAAAAUGGAUGUCCCAGAACUCUUAGAUAGUUACCAGGCAGCACACUUCUGUGGUAUUGAGUCAAAGCUUGCUGAGCUGGAUCAUGCAAUGAAAAGCAAAACAGACCAAGCUCAAAACAACAUUACAAAAGCUUGUAUGCCAUAUGGACUUCUGAAAACAUUCCCCCAAAAUAAUCUUCAGUUGAUGGUGCAGUCAGGUGCCAAAGGUUCCACGGUCAACACUAUGCAGAUUUCAUGUCUUCUGGGUCAGAUUGAGUUGGAAGGACGCAGACCCCCGCUAAUGAUCAGUGGAAAAUCUCUGCCAUCAUUUGUGGCCUACGAUCUCUCCCCAAGGGCUGGGGGAUUUGUUGAUGGACGCUUUCUUACAGGCAUCCGACCUCAGGAAUACUUUUUCCAUUGCAUGGCUGGUAGAGAGGGUCUGAUUGAUACAGCUGUCAAAACCAGUAGGAGUGGUUAUCUACAGAGGUGUCUAAUCAAACACCUGGAGGGACUCAUAGUGAAUUACGACUCCACAGUCCGGGACAGUGAUGGCAGUAUUGUACAGUUUAACUUUGGGGAAGAUGGCUUAGACAUCUUAAGGACCCCUUAUUUAAAUCAGAAGCAAUUCCAGUUCCUGAUUGAAAACCGUGUUUCUAAACGCCGUGGAAAAGGAAAGUCUGGAGCUUUUGAUCAGUUUGGAAUUGAUAUAACCAUGGAUGAUUAUGAGGAGGUGGGUUCUCAUCUGCGGCAGAAGUCAGUAUUCCAAGAGCACAAACGAUCUUCUGGGUUUCUGAAAUUCUGUCAGAAGAAAAGCCACAAGCUUGUGACAGCUGAAGCUCAGAGGAAGGUUGAUGCCAAUGGUCGCACUGAAGCAUCAAGCAUUAUGGUGACAGCCUGGAGGUCACUGAAAGAGAAGAAAAGACACCAGUACUGCAAGCGAGAGGUUAGGUGUGCCGACCCCCUAAUGACCACCAUGAGCCCGCAGUGUACUCUAGGGGUAGUGUCAGAAACAAUGGCAGACAGUGUGAUGACAUACUGUUCAACAGACCCAGACAAAGUAUUUGUUCCUGAUGGGAGUAUGUCCAGGAGUAAAGCAGUCCGCAAUGGGAAGAUAACUCCAUCUGAUUUUUGGCACUUGAUCUCUCUGAAGUAUCAGAAGAGUCUUAUUGACCCUGGGGAGGCCGUAGGAUUAAUAGCUGCUCAGUCUGUUGGUGAACCAUCCACUCAGAUGACAUUGAACACAUUUCAUUUUGCUGGACGUGGCGAAAUGAACGUCACAUUAGGUAUCCCCAGGUUACGGGAGAUCCUCAUGGUAGCCAGUGCAAAUAUAAAGACACCAGCUAUGGAGAUUCCUGUUCUGCGGGUGCCGAAUGCCAAGACAAGAGCUAAAACUUUACAAAGACAACUGAAUCGCAUCUAUCUCAAGGAGGUUAUUCAAGAGGUGUCUGUGUGCGAAUCCAUCUUUGUCAAGUCAAAAAGAAACUCUGGCCGGUUGUACACCAUUAAGUUUCAGUUUCUCCCCAAAGCUGCUUAUGAUGAACGGUUUGCCAUAACACCCAGAAAGAUUCUUAGCUACAUGGAGCACUUCUACAUCAAACGCUUGAUUGAUUUGGCAAAGAAAAAAAUGACAGAAUUGACUGGUUCCAGAUUAGUAACAUCUGAUGUAGUCAGAAUUCGAGAACAGGCUUCUUUAAGUGAAGCUGCCCCUGUUGAUGAGGAUGAGAAUGAUUCUGAAAAUGACCAGCCAGGGGAAGAUGAUGCAGCAGCGCAAAAAUAUCUUGAACGAGCAGAUGAUAGUGGGGAGUAUAGAGGGGAAGAUGACGAGAAAAAUGAAAUUGGUGAUAACAAGAACAGUGAUGAUGAGGAAGUGGAAAUGGGAGCUCCCGUUCAAGAACAGGAAGAUGAGCAGACGAAGGAUUUCGAGAUGGAGACUCAACCUCUGGUGCCUGAGAAAGAAACGAAGGAAAGAAUUGCAAAACAGAAGAAAACUAUGAAUAAACAAAGAAUUUCAAGGGUUAUGAUGCUCAGCCCUAAUAUCACAGUAUAUAAAUAUGAUGCUGCAGAGGAGCUGUGGUGUGAAUUUACUGCGAGGUUUGAAUUGGCGAACUCCAAACUGGACAUGACAUCACUGAUUGAGCAUGAUGCAGCAAGGGUGAUUCUGCACCAGGUGCCUGGAAUAGCCAGGUGUCUACUUGGUGAUAAUAAAGGCAACCUUCAGUUCAAAACAGAAGGAGUCAAUAUUACUGCCUUGUAUGGGUAUGGGGAUGUGUUAGACCUCAAGCAGCUGUACAGUAAUGAUAUUCACGCUAUUGCCAAUGUGUUUGGGAUUGAGGCAGCGUCAAGAGUUCUUAUCAAGGAGAUAACAAGUGUGUUUGGAGCAUAUGGAAUUAAAGUGGACUAUCGACAUCUAUCACUGAUUGCUGAUUAUAUGACUUUUGAAGGGGUGUAUAAGCCAUUUAAUAGAACUGCCAUCGAAUCUAGUGCAUCCCCUCUUCAGAAAAUGACUUUUGAAACAACCAUGACUUUUUUGAGAUCUGCAGCCUUGCAUGGGACAAAGGAUACUCUCUUAUCUCCUUCUGCCAGAUUGGUCACAGGACGAGUUGUUGGUGUUGGUACAGGUGCUUUUGAGGUCAGACAGCCGUUGCUCUAAUUUAGGACACAGUCCUGCAAAUAAUGUCCAUAUUUGGUUAUACAUCCCAUGAGUUCUUGGAUUGGUGGAUAUUCCUCUGUUCACUAAGAGAUAAAAACAGAUGGAUAUAUCAUCAGAAGUAAAUAAAGUU